AUGGACAUGGGCACCACCUGGAACUACCCAGGAGCUUCCCUGAUGCUGAGUUCAGUGUUCGUGCCUGACACGUUUCCUCCCCCCAGCAGGAAGAAGCCCACCCACGUGACGGUGAACUGCUGGUUCUGCAACCAGGACACGGUGGUGCCGUACGGGAACCGCAACUGCUGGGACUGCCCCAACUGCGAGCAGUACAACGGCUUCCAGGAGAAUGGAGACUACAACAAGCCCAUCCCUGCCCAGUACAUGGAGCACCUUAACCACGUUGUGUCGGGCGGCACAACCUUCUGUGAUCCCACCAAACCACAGCAGUGGGUGAGCAGCCAAAUUCUGCUUUGCAAGAAGUGCAACAACCAUCAAACCAUGAAAAUCAAACAGCUGGCUUCUUUCUCACCGAGGGAGGAGGGCAAGUAUGAUGAGGAGAUUGAGGUGUACAAGCACCACCUGGAGCAGACCUACAAGCUGUGCCGCCCGUGCCAGGCUGCUGUGGAGUAUUACAUCAAACACCAGAACCGGCAGCUCCGCGCGCUGCUGCUCAGCCACCACUUCAAACGCCGCGAGACAGACAAGGCCUACGCCCAGAAUUUAUGUUCAUCCUCCUCUUCUGCUUCCAUAACCACACCAGCUCAGGUGAUACUCCUGCGCUUCCUGGCCUUCCUCAGCUGCGCGUUCCUGGUCCUGAUGGCCUUGUACGGGUCAGGCAACCCCUUCUCCCUCAGCACAGCAGUCCCUGCUCCCGUUCCCUCUGGCCCAGCGUCCCUUCAGAACAGGACUGGCUCAGCCUCCCAUGCAGACGUGGGCAAUGACACCUGGGUGAGGGUGGCAGGAUGGAGGGAGCUGCUCCAGCUGCUCCCGGAGCACGUGGUGGAGAACCUGAGCGCCGUGUGGGCUUACGGGAAGAAUCACCAGAUGGCCGUGGCUGUGCUGGGGCUGUUCACCUGCCUGCUGGCCAUGUUCCUGGCUGGGAGGAUCAGACUCCGGAGAAUCGACGCGUUUGCCUCGGUGCUGUGGUUCGUGGUGAUGAGCCUGCACGUGGCUGAGAGGUACCUGAAGAUGGAAACCCCCAGCUGGCUGGACACGGCCAAGUUUGGCACCACGUCCCUGUGCUGCCUGGUGGGAUUCACCGCGGCCGUGGCCACGCGGAAGUCGACGGGCCAGCGGAGAUACCGGCCCCGAAGGUACCUCUCUGGGGAUUCCAUGACUCUCUUUCCCAACGGCACUGGGACAGCCUUCCCUUCACCUGCCACGUCUCUCUUUGUCCCAACACCACCCAGCCUCCUCCACCUGACAAACCAACAGCUCUUCAGGUCCCCACGCAGAACUUCUUCAUCCUCCCUCCCUGGACGUCUCAACAGGGCCCUGUCACUGGGGACCAUCCCCUCCUUGGCCAGGGCAGAUUCUGGCUACUUGUUCAGUGGAAGUCGACCAGCCUCACAGUCCUCUCAGUCCAAGGAUUCUCCAACAUCAGAGCACUUCUCCCUGCUGUCCGGCAGCUGCGCUCCCUCCCGCAUCCCCUCCCCAGCACCGUCCGUGGCCGGAUCUGUGACUUCCAGCUCGGGAUCCCUGCGGUUCCGCCGGCCCCUCAUCAGCCCUGCCCGCCUGAACCUGAAAGGACAGAAGCUGCUGCUGUUCCCAUCCCAGAAUGAGGCCCUGCUCACCCCAACCAGCUCAGAGGAGCACACCCACUCAGACAGCAACAUCUUUGCCCCCGAGCUGUCCAGCUUCCCGAGGAAGAGCCUCAGUGAGCGGGGAAUGCCCGAUAUGAGAUCUGCUAUGGAAGGAGGGAGUAUUUGCAGUGAUAAUUCCAUCAAAAAGGAGGAUCACUCAUCACACUCAUCUACCUGUGUGGUAGACACAACUACUAAAGGGGAGGAUUUGGCAGGCUGGAGAGGUCACUUUGGUACCUCUGCUCUCCGGGGCCUGCUGGCUGUGAGCCUGACCCUCAACGCCGUGUUCACGUCAGCCUACGUCUACCGGAGCCUGCGCUGAUCUGGGCCCACACUCCCUGUCCUCCUGGUCCACCUGGUCCUGAGGAGACAACCAGAAUUCAACCAUGGCUUCAUGUCUCAUGGCCAUGCCACUGGUGCAUGCUGGUUUUUAAAGAACUACUGUACACCCAACACUCAUGACAAGGAACCUGGGUAGCUGCUGCCAUCACUUCCAGGUAGAACAUAUCCCAGGAUUGCCCCUGGAGGUGGCAGAAAGCUCCAGUUCAAAGCAGGAGGCCUGUUAAACGGCCCACACACUUUUAUUUCAAAAGAACUGACCUGAGACACAAGCCUGAAAAUGUGUGAGCUACGUUUUUAGGAACCUAUCCCAGCUCUUCUUUCUGACAUAUUGACCUCGUGCUGAUGGUGCUGGUAAAAUGAGGAGAAUUAGAGCAAAUGAGCUGAAGAAGAGGGAUGGCUUAGUAGCUGGUGCUGGGCUUUGGCUACUGUAGCAGCAUCCCCAGCCUCUGCUCGCUGGUUCCUCUUCUCUCUUCCCUUUGGCACUCUCCUCUAAACUAUCAGUAAAUUUUCUUUAGUUGCCUUAAGCUUGCCUAAGCACGUGGGUGACCUUGGCUGCUCUGUCAUGUUCUUGCAUCUUAGAUGUCCAUGUUCUUCCACCUGGACCUGGCCCUGAGGCCACUUUGACCAGUUCUCCUUCUGGUCAUGCUGGUUCUGUCCUGCUGUCUGUCCAUGCCUGCAGCCACACUGUGCUGCACACCCCCCACACAGACAUCCUGGGGGGGCUGCAGAGAAUGAGGAUGUGCUUUGCUUUACCCAGGAGGCAUUAAUUCUGUUCCAGUGAAGUCUGUAAGAAGAAAGGAUCCCGCUGUGAUUUGCACCCCAGUCAAAGGGCUUCAGCUCCCAGCUCUGCUGGUGUUUUCACUGGAGCAGUGGGUGGCAGAGCUUGUUCUUGCUGUAAAUCGCACAAACCUGGUCUGUCAGAGGUGGGUGAGGGGCUGUCUGAUUGUACACAUCUAUCCACAAACCUGAUGCCUCAGUCUGAUGUUGGGAUUUGCUGAGUAACUGUUUCAGAUGUUUCUUAGUUAAAUGCCCAGGUGCUCUCGGUGAAAAAUGCCAAACCUGUACAGUUCAGCCUUCUGGAUAGAUUCUUUGUUUCUAACCCAGGGGAAGCAACCCUUGAUUUCUAAAAGCAGUUUAUCAUUUGGCAUUUCUGCUUUUGGGUGAGUCUUCAGCAUUGCUUGGAAUUCAGGGGCUAUUUAGAGUAUUGUGCAGAACACUCAAAAUCAUUUAGUGCAUCCUAGGGAAAAAAAAGUCUUCAUGUUUUGAUUUCUAAAUACCAAGUGCAAAGAGAAGAUUUACCAGUGUGUCAAGAAUACCUGGUGAAAAGAGAGCUGACUGGCAUUAACUGUGUAUUUCUUGAAGCAGGACUUGCUCUAUUAAGAGUUUUUCUGUUGUCUCUUCCCUUGGGCUCCUUUACCUCAAAUUUCUCUCCCCCACCCCACUGUCCCGUGUUUGCAUCUUGAAUUAGUGUUGGGCUUACUGUGUCUUUCCCUCCCUUUCAGUUUGCUGCUGUUCCCUCUCUUGUGCUCUUGCAUGUGCAGAGAACAAAGUGUAUCAGUGCUGACCAUUCUCUGCUCUGAACCUGGAAUUCAAACCUUCCUUUCACCUCAUUUUUUUUCUUUUGUGUUUUGAUCAAGUCCCCACCACAGCCUCACUUAGUACAUCACUGGAGUGAUAGCCAGACUCAUCAGCAUGCAUAUGACAGCUUCAGUGGGGUUUUACUGCUGCUGAUUCAAGCACUGAAAAAUUUAAGUCUCUCUUUGUCUUUUCCACGUCUCCUUGCAUAGUUUCAGCAGCCCACUUCCAGCUGCUGCUCCCACCCUGCCUGCAGGGAGGUCUGCUCCUCCUGCUCUGCCUGGCACAGUUGGAGCACAGACUCACCCACACGUGCUGAUCUGAGAGGCUGAGGAGAUGCCACUCCUGACUCUGCAUCUCUCCCAACCCCCUCCGGGAGCUGCAGCACCUCCCACACAAAGCCCUGGAGCCAGGACAGACCUGCAGCAGGAAGAUGUGCUGUGGGCUGAUGAUGGAUUCUAUUGUAACUUGCAUGAAUUGUUCCUUGUAGCCAAACUGGACCCAUAACCUUGCUGUAAAAAGAUCUUUGUCCCUUUUUAUAGACUUCUGCAGGCUCACUUGAGCAUGUGUAUAGGCAAGAUGCUAGCAGACCAACUUCCAAGCUUCUAUUUAAACCUCUGCUGUUUGGGUUUCGUGAUGUCCUGGUGCAGUGUGUGACGUCCCAUUCACAGAUCCUUGUCCUACCUGAGGGGCCUCCUGUACAGAGACAAGCUGCCAGAAAAUACUGUGGCUGUGCUUGUCUUUGUCACACCAACAGAUGUGCACUGUGACUCCACGUAUGCAAACUUCCCACCUUCGCCUCCCAGCCUGCUCUGGGUUUUACCAUCACACCCACCUGGAUCCAAGUUGCUCUCGGUCUCGGCCAGAUUGCAAUAGAAACCUUCUCCUCCUUUCCAGCAACCAAGGAGCUGCAGCCUCUCAACACACUUCUUCCCACUCCUAUUCCAGAACAGGAACACUCUGACCUGUCACUGCACUUCUGCAUCUGAAACUGUUCCUGGAGGGGUGUUUGGUGACCUUGUCCAAAGCAAUAUAAAGACUUUGGAUUUUAUUGCUGAAGAGGGAAGACAACCAAGUUUUUCAUUCUGGUGCUAGAACACUCUCCAGUGGUGCUCUCACAGUUGUGAAGCCUUUGCUUGAAGAAUCCAUGAGUGUGUGUGUGUGAGUGUGUGUGUGUGUGUGUGUGUGUGCAGGUGUAUAAAAACAUCUGGAGGGUUUCUUCAUUUCAAAAGAUCUGAGCCCAUGUUUGUCUCUAUAUUGUUGGCCUUAAUCUAGCUCGUAGAUACUGUGUCUAUCUUGCUGCUCUUUUCUAUAUGAAGCUGGUUUGGAGGAAACAAAAGUUGAUCUGGUCCCCCUGUAAAAGUCUUCGUGACUGAUGUUGUUGAUCUUCAUACAGUGUUGGUCAGGGGGGAGAUUUUAUUUUUCUAAUAUUUUUCCUACUGCAAAAAUUGUUGGAGUGGGAUGGAAAAAAGAUCUUUACAAAAUGGUGUGAUAAAGAUGUGAGCAUUACUUAAUAAUACCAACAGUUAAUGAUCAGGUGGAGUAUAAGUGAGCUCUGUUUCCAGACCUUUUCCAUUUCCUACCUUCCACUGGAAAUGCCCAGGUACUUUUUCUUUGCAUAUGGGCUUGUUAGGCAUGUUCUGAGACCUUGCAGAUACUGUAGAUGAUUUUGCUGUUCUGACUUUAGAAAGAAUUUGGAUUUUAGAGUUCCAGUUCCACAGUCUGGGUAGUUUGGCAGAUGUGACAAAUAUUGUGCCCGUAUCUAUUUGAUGGGAUAGAGGGAGUUGGUAGAACGACUUGUUUAUCUUUUUACAUAAAAUUUUAGACAUUAAAUUGGUCACUCUGGGGUGGGGGGGGGGAACUGGCAUAUGUAGGCCAGAUUCACUGAAUUUUAGGCUGUUUGUUCAAGCAACAGUUCCGGCCUGUGAAUGUUGGAUUCCCACCUCAUUUUCUUGGGUGAUGGGAAUACCUGUAAGACACUGCUGAACUGGCUGGGUUCCUUAAAACAGGGCAGCUGGAAUGAAGGGCUUGUGUUGCCUGUGGAUGCUGCUAUAUUUUUUCUUCCAAGCACCAUUCCUGGAAAUAACGAUGGUCUUAACCUCUCUCACAGACAUUUGUUAAAAGGUUAGAAAGGGCCAAUUUGGCCAACACUUUUUUCUUUUUUUUUUUUUCUUUUCUGCAUCCAGAAAUUAUCAUCACUGUGUCCUGUGGUGGGAGUAAGGUACAGAGUACUUUUGGAUUGAAUGGGUAUCUAGAGAGGGUGAGCAGGACAAUUUCAAGUCCUAAACCUUAUUUCCUGUGAAAGACUGUAUGUUAUGUGUGUAUACUUCUUUGGGGAGCUCUAUCACUGUACAGUUUAGUUAAACGUGCUCCAAGGAAGGAGAAGCUGUUCCUCAGAGGUUUUUAGUUCAUGCUUUGUGUUUAAAGAAGAAUAUUUUUCUUUAAAAAAUAAAAAUGGAUAAGUUUUCA